CGUGAGUCAAGAGAGCCGUCGGGUCCAAAGGUCAUUGCCAGUAGUAAUUACAAGCUGCUCUGCACAUGCAUGCAUCCUAUUCUUUCAUUUAGCUAUGUAAAAUCAUUAAAGAUCUUUGCUUGAUCAACAAUCAUGGUGUUCCAUCAGCUGAAUGCUGCAAAAAAACUAUUUUUUUCUUCACCAGUGAAGGCACAAAAUCUGUUAAGAUGGACAAGAACUUUUUCCAAUGAAGAUAAAACCAUCAGAAUUGGAUGUGCAUCAGGUUUUUGGGGAGAUACAGCAGUUUCAGCACCUCAAUUGGUCCAUCAUGGCAACAUUGACUAUCUUGUAUUUGAUUACUUGUCAGAGAUAACAAUGUCACUUCUUGCAAGAGCUAAACAGAAAAAUCCGGAAUUUGGAUUUGCACCGGAUUUUGUACACUAUGCUGUUGGACCAUUGAUACCAGAAAUUAAAGAAAAAGGUAUAAAAGUUAUAAGCAACGCAGGAGGUAUCAAUCCGUUAGCAUGCGCAAGAGCUUUAGAAAAAGUGUCCCAAAAGCAUGGAGUUGAUUUAAACAUAGCAGUCAUUACAGGAGAUGAUCUAUUACACAAGGUAAAAGAUAUUAAGAAUGAGAUUCCUGAUGCAUUACCAAAAGGAAUCCACAGCAUGAAUGCAUAUUUAGGUGCUGGUCCUAUUGCAAGAGCUUUAGACCUUGGAGCAGAUGUUGUAAUUACAGGAAGAUGUGUUGAUAGUGCAGUUACACUUGCCCCUCUUAUCCAUAAUUUUAAAUGGAAAUUCAAUGACUAUGAUUUAUUGGCUGCAGGCAGCUUGGCAGGACAUCUUAUUGAGUGUGGUGCACAGGUCACUGGUGGUAUAUUUACUGAUUGGGAAAUGGUUCCAGGCUGGGACAACAUAGGAUUUCCAAUAGUUGAAUGUUCAUCAGAUGGAAGAUUUAUUGUAACAAAACCUCCAGACACUGGUGGAAUCGUAAACACUGCUACAGUCUCAGAACAAAUGGUGUAUGAAAUAGAUGACCCAAAUAAUUAUCUCCUUCCAGACGUAACUUGUGCAUUCUCUGAUGUUCAACUUGAAAAAAUUGGAGGGAAAGAAUUAGCUGUCUUGGUGAAAGGAGCGUAUGGAAAAAAUCCAUCUGACAGUUACAAGGUUAGCGCUACUUACCUUGAUGGCUUUCGUUGUACAGCUGUUGCUCCAGUGAUUGGCCCUCAUGCUGCACACAAGGGAGAAAAAGUAGCCAAUAGCAUCCUUAAGCGCUGUCAAAGAAUAUUUCAUUCCCUAGGAUUAAAGGAUUUUCGAAAUACGAAUGUCGAGUUGCUGGGUAGUGAAGGGAAUUAUGGGAAACAUAGAAACAAUUAUAACAGCCGUGAAGCAGUGCUGUGGUUGGCUGUCGAACAUGAACAAAAAGAAGCUUUAGAUAUAUUUGCAAGAGAAAUCGCUCCAGCUGGCACUGGCAUGGCGCCUGGUUUAACAGGUAUUGUAGGAGGAAGGCCAACUGUAUCUCCAAUUUUAAAACUUUAUUCAUUCUUGUAUCCAAAGAGUAAAGUCAAGAUUGAUAUUCACAUGAAUGACGAAUUUGUUGAAACGUACGAAGAACCAGAGAUAGUGGAAGAUGAUGCAAGCUCGCGUUCUAUACACAGACUCGACACUUUAAACGAUUCGCAAAUACUUACAAAACGUUCAAGAAAAGGAAACUGCACAUUUCCACUCGGUGCACUGGCUUAUACACGCAGUGGCGAUAAAGGAAACAAUGCAAAUAUAGGUGUCAUAUGUCGAAAUGCUGGCUACUAUCCGUUCUUGAGUGAUGCUUUGACUGCAGAAGCUGUCGAGAAGUAUUUCCAACAUUACUUUGACAGAGAAGCAAUGCACUGCAGAGUAAAGAGAUACGACUUGCCGGGGAUUUUUGGGUUUAAUUUUGUGUUGGAGAACGUGCUUGGGGGUGGUGGUAUCGCGUCAUUACGAUCCGACCCACAGGGUAAAGGCCUGGGACAAAUGUUGUUGGAUUUCAAAGUGAAAAAUGUACCAGAUCUUUUGCCAUCGACAUCCGACAGAACAAGUGACGUAUACGGAAUAUAAAUACGAAUUGUGUCCCAGGAAAUGAUGGGGAAUACUUUUUAACAGAACAUGAGCCAUAUUGUUUUUCAAAUAAUACUUCUCUAGUGGCAUAUGUGAAGGAAUACGACAUGUUGACACCCGUGUGAAUAUGUAGCGACACAGUAUGUUUAUACUGAAAUUUCUCAUUAACAAUUUUUUUACACAACUCAGACGAAACGAUGGUCAAAGAUGAACUUUAUAUGCGAGGUUUUCAUGUAUAUGAUUUUGUAUAGAAAUUAAUGAAAGUGUAAGAUCUUGCUUUGUUUUUUUUUUUUAAUUCCAAUUACUUCUUCCUUCCUAAACCUUUUUUACAUUCAGAUUUCAUAAAAUCUUUAAUUGAGAUAUAUGAGUUGGCGUUUGAUUUGUAGUGUCGAUGAGAAAUACACGUUUUGUGUAAUUUGUGUCGGAAUAAAAACGUCAAUUUCCCGACAUACUUUAUCCGGUGACAAUAUUAUAAUUACAGCGGAGGGUCAAAUGAGAAUAAAAACCUGACGAAGAAAAAUAUCAAUGGUAAAUAUUGAAAGUGAACUGCAUGUGUACGUAAAAUGUAUUUUAUUUUCAUGUGGUUGAGUGUUGUUAUACAGUGAAAAUAUAUUUAGCAACCUUAA